GAUAUUUACUAUACCUUCAAUCUGGUAGUAAGACGUGAUCCAAAGACCAAUAAUUUCAAAGCUGUUCUCGCUACUAUGCGGCAGUUGUUGAAUACUGAAUGUGUAGUACCUGACUGGCUUACAGAUGUAGUAUUGGGAUACGGUGAACCUGACUCUGCUCACUACUCAAAAAUGAAUAAUGUGGUGCCAACCAUGGACUUUAAUGACACUUUUCUCUCAUUUGAACAUCUAAAGGAGUCAUUUCCUGGUUAUCGUAUUGUGGCGAUGGCUGAGGAGGAGAAAAUGAUGCCGCCAUUCCAGUUAACUUUCAAAGAUCUCAUUCGUGGGGGUGAAUCUGAGGAUGAAAAAGUUAUUGAAGUAACACCUUUGGUACGCGAUUCACAGACGCCCUAUCCUAUUUUCCCUAAUAAGAACAAAGUAAAGUUUACUCCAGCGCAAAUAGAAGCGAUCAAGGCUGGUAUGCAGCCAGGCUUAACAAUGGUUGUGGGACCUCCUGGUACGGGUAAAACUGACGUAGCUGUCCAGAUCAUUGCGAACAUCUACCACAAUUGGCCACAGCAGCGUACUUUAAUUGUAACGCAUUCUAAUCAAGCUUUGAAUCAGCUGUUCGAGAAAAUUAUUGAUCUGGAUGUUGAUGAGAGGCAUCUGCUGCGUAUGGGUAAGUGUCACGGUGAGGAAGGACUUGAGACUGAAAAAGACUUCUCUCGUUAUGGCCGGGUUAAUCAUGUGCUGAAGGAAAGGUUGCGCUUGUUAUCUGAGGUGGAGAGAUUACAAAAAGCAAUGAAUGUGGUUGGUGAUGUGUCGUACACGUGUGAAAAUGCGGGACACUUCUUCCGAUUCACGGUUUGUCGAGCAUGGGAUGAUUUUAUCGAGCAAUGUGCUGUUGAGAAGGAUGGUAUCGUAGCUGAGACAUUCCCAUUUACUGGAUACUUCUCUGAUAUCGACCCAUUAUUUAAUGUAGGUCAUUAUUGUUUCUUUUGUUGUUUUGCGCCCCUCAACGGUUAUUUUCCUUGCUAG